UCUUUUUUCUCUGGUUUUCCAUCUCUUCCUGUAAGUAUGAUUCUCUAUUUGCAUUGUAAUUGUGGGGCUCAUGGUUCUCAGUUUGUGUUGUGAUGUUCUUCGCUUCUGGGGCUGGUUUUGGGCUAAAGUCGAUUUUAGAUUUGUAGUCUGGUCCGUGUGGGUUCGAUCUGAAUUUGAGAUGUAGAUGCGAUUUGAUUGCGUAUAUUGUAUGAAUGACUCUGAAUCUCUGAUGUCUAAUACUACGCUUCGCACUAGGAACUGAUUGUGGGAUUAUGGAAGAAUCUGAUGCCAAGAGUUUAUAGUUGGAUCUUAAUACCUGUGAUAUGUGAGGGAAAAAGGGGUUUGGAUCCUUAGAAACAAAUUCCUUUACUUUUCUCGACUGCUUUGUGAGAAACUUAGAUGAUGUGCACCUCUUACCAGGAGUGUAAUGCUGGUAAGGGUAUACCUAUUGGAGCUUUGGAUGAUGAUUAUUGGAAUGGGCAUAUGAGUGUUUGUUGGGUUUGGGUGAGGACUGAGGAGUGUAGUUGUUUGAAAGACCUUACUUUUAUUUUUGAUAUUUUUGUUCUUUGAAAUCUUUUUACAGAUGUGAUGCUCUUGCCAUUGUUAUUAGUUGUUUUUUGGUUGUCAAUAAAUUAUGGAGAUUCUUUUUAAAAAAAAUUCCGAUUUUAUUGGAGAGCAAACUUUUCUUCAAUAUGCAGCUUUGAUAAUUUUUUCAUUUGGUUUUAAAUUGAGCAUGCUAUACUGUAGGAGUCCAUCACAAGCGUGGUUCAGCAAGGGAUACAAAAUUUUCUGAUCUUUCUGAGCUUAAUAGAUCAAGUUUGUGCCGGAAUCAAAUUUAUUUAGGAAGUCUGAUAGUUUGAAGACCAUGCUUAAGGCCCCGAAUCAUCAGGUUGCAGGUCACAAGGCUCAUGAGGGAAAGCUUGGCCCUCUCGUAGAUGAUUCAGGUCACUUUUAUAAGCCCCUCCAAGAUGUUGAGCGUGGCUCCAGGGAGUUGGCCUUCUAUACGUCGUUCUCUUCCACUACAAAGGUUCCAAGUCAGAUCCGAAGGUUCUAUCCUGUCUUCUAUGGCACUAAACUUUUGGAGGCAUCCGAUGGUUCUGGUCUGCUCCUACACCUUGUCUUGCAGGAUCUUGUCUCAAGUAGGCGCAAACCAGCCAUCAUGGAUAUUAAGAUUGGUUCCAGAACAUGGUACCCACAAUCGUCUGAGGAUUAUAUCAAAAGAUGUCUUCAGAAGGAUAAACAAACUACUAGCUUGCCACUGGGCUUCAGGAUCUCUGGGCUGCAACUGCCCGCUAGCAAGGAAUCGGAGUUGUGGAAGCCAGCGAAAAAAGUUGUCCAGGGUUAUAAUGUAGAUGAUGUUAAAUUAGUUAUCAGGAAGUUUGUCCCUUCUAACUCGUCUGCCAAUUCAGAUUUGGACCCUGAUUGUUCUUUUGCAUCAAGUGUCUAUGGCGGUUCUUCUGGGAUUUUGUCACAGUUGUUGGAGCUGAAGGAAUGGUUUGAGGACCAAACCCUUUACCAUUUCAAUUCUUGUUCAGUUCUCAUGUUUUACGACAGGGAUUCUGUGUUGAAGGGAGGGAAUUCAGGCGCUGAAAUUAAGCUUAUUGAUUUUGCGCAUGUAGUGGAAGGUAGAGGAGUUAUUGACCAUAAUUUCUUGGGUGGGCUCUGCUCUUUGAUAAAGUUCAUCUCUGAUAUUCUUACUGAGGGUUCUGAGAAUAAUGGCAUUUCUACUGGCAAUAGCAUUGGAGAAUGAACAGAGUCCAAGCAGGCUGGGCUGAGUUUCUUUUUGAGCUUUAAAUGGUGGUGGUUAGGCAUGAACUCCAUUUAAUUUUAUUUGUAGACUCUUUCAUUUAAUAAAUACAUCAUUUUGGGAACUAUUCUCACUUUCUGGUCAGUUAUGAGUUUU